CCGCACCUGUCAGAAUGACGAAUUCAGAUUGACGAAAAACAAAAAUUUUUUUUUUUCGUUUUGAUUUUUUUUUUUGAGUUUUGAAACGUUUUUUGUGAGUGACUGGAUCAUGUCGAGGGAUAAUACGGGAUUCGUCGGGAGUGCUGAGAGUCUAGGGGCGAAAGAUGGACGAUACACUGCCACAAGUAACGAAAAAAGUGAAAAAUCAGCAAAAUCUAGUAGCGAUGUCUUCACAGUUGAGCUUAAAAAUUGGCCGAGAACAAGUAAAGAGUUUGCGGUAGAAUAUGAUCCAUACGCUAACCGCCAAGUAGCACACCCCACGACGACGUGGGACACCCUAUUUCACCUGUUGAAGGGAAGUUUAGGGACGGGAAUUCUAGCGAUGCCCCUGGCGUUUUCGCACGCCGGCUAUGCGAUAGGCAUCACCGGGACAAUCAUUAUUGGAUUUCUCUGCACGUACUGCAUAAGAUUGUUAAUUAGAUCGGAGUACGAGCUUUGUAAGAGACGACUAGUGCCGUCACUCACUUAUGAGGCAGUUGCCGAGGCGGCGUUAGAGGAGGGGCCAAUGUUCCUCAGGCCAAUAGCACCAGCUGUUCCACACAUUGUUAACAUUUUUUUGUUGGUUUAUCAGCUGGGCACAUGCUGCGUAUAUGUUGUGUUCAUUUCGGAGAAUUUAAAGAGUGCGAUAGAUUCGUACGUGGGUGAAAUAAAACUCGAGUACUACAUGCUCGCCACAUUGCUUCCAUUGAUAUUCAUUAAUUGGAUAAGAAAUCUGAAGCUGUUAGCGCCGUUUUCGACAGCCGCUAACGGAAUAACUUUCAUCAGCUUCGGAAUUAUUUUGUACUUCAUUUUCCGGGAUCCGAUAAGCUUCGAGGGUAGACAUGCACUGGGAACUGUUCAGGAUUUUCCACUUUUCUUCGGAACAGUGUUAUUCGCUCUAGAGGCGAUCGGCGUUAUGAUUCCUCUGGAGAACGAGAUGAAAAAUCCCAAGAAGUUCAUGACCCCCUUCGGCGUCCUCAACAGCGGGAUGAGUCUCAUCAUCUUCCUGUACGUCUUCAUGGGUCUCUUCGGCUACAUUCGCUAUGGUUCGGGGGUCAAGGGCAGUUUGACAUUGAACCUUCCUUCUGAAGAUGUCCUUGGAAAAGUCGUGCAGAUUCUCCUCGCACUUUCCAUCUACGUGACGCACGCCCUCCAGUGCUACCCCGCCAUCGACAUUGUGUGGAACGUCUAUCUAUCUAAAAGGGUCAAGGAGAGAAAGGUCAUGUGGGAGUACGUCGUGAGGACAACCCUUGUCGUGGCCACUUUUUUCCUGGCGAUGGCAGUGCCACGACUCGAACUCUUUAUCUCCCUCUUCGGAGCCCUGUGUCUCUCCGCUCUUGGUCUAGCCUUCCCCGCCAUAAUCGAGACCUGCACCUUCUGGAGUGUCCAGGACUCCACCCAGAAUUGCAUAAUGGUCGCGAAAAACGGCUCUCUCAUACUGUUCGGACUCCUAGGUCUCGUUGUAGGGACCUACACGAGUCUGAGUAAAAUCAUCGAGUCAUUCUCGUAAUUUAAGACAAUUAUGAGACAAAGGAGAAAAAGUAUUUUUUUUCCAUGGCUGUUCAGUCACAAUGGAGUCAGGAUUAUUCCUACGCAGAGUAUUUUUUAAAUAUGUAAUAUUUAUGACUGCUAUUGAGUGAAGUUAUGAUAUAAUCAAAGACUAUUAUUUUUUUAUUUAAACUCAACUGUGAAUUUUCAAACAGUUGAAUAUGUGAUGCAGAAUGUGACUGGUUCGAAAGAUCCUGUGAAUGUAAAACGGUAGUAUAUAAGGGAAUAUCAUUGGUCAUACCAUGUGAUUAAUGAAAUUAUGUAUAUUUGUGACAUUUUGUAUAUAAUUUACAUGUUAUCGCUUGUUAAAAAAAUAUUAAACAAUUUUUAAUGUACAGAAGUAUCAAA